GAUUGAGCGGGAGAGGAGGGAAGGACGCGCAGAUACACGCGUAGUGGGAGGCUGGGGAGAGGGUAAACGUCCGGGCUGCCUGGGAGCAGAGCUGGCUGAAGCGUCUUGAGAUGAGCUGGGAGAAAUAAGCCCCAGGAUCUCCCCAGCCGGGCACAGCGUCGCCUCACUGUGCACAAGGGGAACCCCCUCAAAAGCAUUAUUCGCCGGCAAGUGGAAAGAUGGAUGAAAAUAAGGAUAUUGAUUCAAAAGAAAGUGAAGAAUAUGAAGACGACUUUGAAAAGGACCUGGAGUGGUUGAUCAAUGAUAAAGAAACAAGUGACAGCAGCAUAAUAGAGAUGGCUUGCAAGAACGAAGAUGAUCUUAGCCAGGAAUUAAAAGAGAAUGAAACGGAAAUAGAACUCGGACAGCAGCUCUCUGAUCCAGACAAGCCUCUAAAGGAUGAGGCUUCGCACAGAAGAAAUGAUUUCAUUUCUGUCCCUAGUAUUCAGCCGCUGGAUCCUGUGUCAGACUCAGACAGUGAGAACUCCUUCCAGGAUUCCAAACCAGAAAACCAGAAAGACCUGGAGGAAGAAGAAGAUGAGGAAGUAAAGAGAUAUAUUAUGGAGAAAAUUAUAGAGGCUAACAAGAUUCUACAGAAUCAAGAACCUGUGAACAACAAAAGGGAACGAAAACUUAAGUUCAAAGACAAAUUAGUUGAUCUAGAAGUUCCCCCCAUAGAGGACAGUGAUACUUGCAAAGCUUUCUUAGAAAAUGAAAACAUGUCUGGAAAACUGUCACAGUUAUGUAUUUCUGGUGAAUUAGGGCAAGAGAACGUGCUUCUGUCGGUCACUGACGGCAGCGGUGAAGAAAACGAUAGGAAGAUCCUGGUUGAGAGAGACGGAAAGUUUGAACUUAUGAAUUUACAAGACAUUGAGAGUCAGGGGUUUCUGCCUCCCAUUAGUAGCACUAACAGUACAGACGAAUCCCCACAGUUGCCAGGCUCUCUCAACCAGUCUGUCGGUGAUGUCAAGACAGAAGAGCCUGAAGCAAAGGCUCCUGCUGUGGGUCUCUCUCCAGCAGGAGAGCCGCUUGGUCAAGUCCCUGAGCCUCCAACCAACCCCAAGAGCCGCCCAAACUCGGCUGCCAACCAAGAUCCAAAUAAAAAAAUCCGGAGAUUUAACUACAGGACACAGUCUGCAAUGGUCUCGCCAGUGACCUCAACGUACUGUCUUUCACCACGACAGAAAGAACUCCAAAAACAGCUAGAACGAAAGAGAGAAAGGCUGAAGAGGGAGGAGGAACAGCGCAAAAUAGAGAAGGAGAAUGAGAAGAAAAAAGAGAACGAGAUGGUGUUUAAAGCAUGGCUGCAGAAGAAAAGGGAGCAGGUCCUAGAAAUGCGGAGAAUUCAGAGAGCAAAGCAGAUCGAAGACAUGAACAGCAGGCAAGUAAACCGAGACCCACAACAAGCAUUUCGAUUAUGGCUUAAGAAAAAGCAUGAGGAGCAGAUGAAAGAAAGGAAGACUGAGGAGCUCAGAAAGCAAGAAGAGUGUUUGUUCUUCCUGAGAGGGACAGAGGGCCGUGAGAGGGCCUUUAAACAAUGGCUCAGAAGGAAACAGAUAGAGAAAAUAGCAGAGCAACAGGCUGUCAAAGAGAGAGCCAGGCAGCUCCGACUGGAAGCACGGCGUUCCAAACAACUGCAGAACAACAUGUACAGCAUGCCCGAAGCCAAGUCUUUCCGCUUUACCGACCACUACAACUGAAGCUGUGUUGAAGCUGAUGUCACCAGAAUUUUGGAUGUCAUUUCCCAUGGGCCCUGUGUCACAAUAAUACUCUAAAUUAUGGGAGUGGGAUUUGCCUUGUGGUGAUACUGGCAGUGAAUUUAUAAUUGUUUUCACACAAACACAAAAUAUACGUCUCUGACAGAGUUGAA